AUGGGAGUCCCCAAGCUGCUGACGACGCUGGCGCCGUUUGGCGACCGCAAGCCGCUGGACAAUGGCAAAGUCAUCAUCGACGGGCCCGCGCUGGCCUACCAUAUCGUCGGCCUCUGCAUGGCGGAUCCCGUGAUGGCCGCCGGCCGACGCCACCCGCUCGAGCAGUCGACCUACGCACAGCUCGGCGAGGCCGCCACUGCAUGGCUGGACACGCUUUGCAGCCGCCACAAUAUCACGGUGCUGGCCAUCUACUUUGACGGCUACCUGCCUGUGGCCAAGCGGCCGGUGCGGCUGGAGCGGUCGUACCGGACGUCGGCGCAGCUCAAGGAUGCCUUUUCGUUUUACCAGCGGGACAACCUGCCCGGGUUCGACGCCAAGGGCCCGCGCACGGGCAGUCUGUUGCCGGCACCUGCGUUUGCCGUGCCGGCCGUGCUGGACGCUCUGCGCGCCUCUGCCACGCAUUACAAGACGGUGACGCACGUCGUGCCUGGUGAAGCGGACGCAUUUUGUGCGUGGCACGCGCGCAACAUCGAGGUUGGCACCGUUCUGACGUCGGACUCGGACCUGCUGGUACAGGACCUGGGCCCCGACGGGGAGGUGGUGCUGAUGCGGGACAUUGACCUUCCGCGCGGAGGCGGCGACGAGGCUGGCGCCGGUUCCGCUGCAACCAAAACAACAACGACGACGACAAAGAGACCGCUUAUUGUCCUCGCCUAUCGGAUGGCCGCCAUCUGCCAGCGGCUGGGUCUACCGGCGCCUGUAUACGAACACGACUAUCUCGCCAACAACAAAGCCAUGUGCCAGCAACUCAUGAAGAGCGGCAAGGGGCUCUACGGGUUUGCAUUUGAGCUGCUGAUGGACCCGUGCCUGAGCACCAGCGAGCUGGUUGGCCGUGCCAAGCAGGGGCUGGCCAUGGCCCAGCACCCGGACGAGUACGCUGAAUUUGUCGACCAGUACACCUUUCCCGAGGCGCUCAACAUGGCAGUGCAGCAGUACAACGCCGGUGGAUUGGACCCGCGCGUGGCCGAAGUGGUUUUUCAGAGCGUGCUUCUUGGCGGUGACAGCCAAGGCUACCGGGGCGACGCUCUGCUCAAGCCGGCGGACCUGCCGAUGCUCUUCUUUGCGCCGCCGCUGGUCGAUGAUUGCAUGCAGGCCAAUGCCUGGGAAAUCAGUGCCCCGAUCCGGGUCCUGGCCUUUUCGCUGCUCAGGCGCCUACCAACGGCCGCCAACAUGGGCGACACGUGGAUCCGGGAAUACGCGCGCAUGGCCUCCAUGGCAUCGCGGGGGACGGCUCUCGAGCUGCUUCCUGCAGAAGGCCGCCGACGUGUCAAAGCCCUGGACAAUUUUAUAUCACUUUUGACGCGGAUCCAAGCGUUUGUGCCAGCCUCGGCAGAAAACAGCAGCGAACUGCAGUGGGUCACUCUCGCUUCCUACUAUGACAUCGAGUGGUCCAAAGAGCACGCCAAGCCGUCGGCCUGCCUCGAUGUGCUCCAGAAAGAAACACCCAGCAGCGGCGUGUUGGAGCAGGUCACCUGGACGGGCAUGCACUGGCUGGCGCAGAUCCAGGGCACGCUCUACUCGCUGCGCAUCCUCCAGCAGAUUGUGGCGUUUGUGAAAUACCAGCAAAGCGAGCGAGCCGGGGACGACAAGCAGCUAUGGCUGAGGAUCGAGGCACUGGAGGGCAUGCUGUCAACACUGACACCCCUUGCCAAGUACCCAACUCUGCGGACCCUCCGCGAUCUGCCGGCACGGCUCAAGACGGCCAAUGCUCUGGAGGUGCUGGUGGCGCUCGCCGAACUCCCGGCGUCGAUAUCGUUUAAGCCACCGUCCGGUUCCAAAACGAGCAAGAACCGGAACCGGAACAAGAAACGAAAGCGGACUGGACACGCACCAGUGCGAGUACGGACUAUGACGAACCCGUUUACCGUUCUCGACGGAGCGGACUGA